AACAAUUUUUGUUCUCCUUUAAAUGAGCUUAUAAUGUACCACUGUCCAAACACAAAUUAACCCAAGGAAAAAAAAAAUGGAGGAAAACAGAGGUUUGAUUUUAUAUGGGUGUAAGUUGGCUAAAGACCUAGAAGAAAAUCUGCCAAAUUUGGCUAACCAUCGUGAUUUUUUUCUAAGAUCAUGUGACGAGAUCAUUAUGGCGUUUAGUCGAGUAAAAGAGAGAUUAUCCCAUGAAGUUUUUCAUCGGCAACUCGACAUAGGAAUUCAGGAAUGGUUAAGAAGUGGUGCAGGCACAAGUACUGAUAAUCAGGCAAUGAAUUUGCUUAAUGCUCAAGCUAUUUUAGGCCACAGCAGCAGCAGCGCUUUCUCACACGGUUUGGAACUCAUCGGACAUGAAACGGCUGGUGGGAGGGAUUUGGAAGGUGGUGCAGACAGGUGGAGGGGCGAUAGGGUGCCGGAGAAGCCAACGGAUGCAUUGAAUCUGAGCCCGGGGACUUCUUUUAAAAGAUGCAGAAGAAGAAAGGAUGAAGCCGACAAAAUUGUGAGAAGGGUACCUGCUCCUCGGAUGGGAAAUCUUGAUCUUCCACCAGAAGAUGGUUUUACUUGGAGAAAAUAUGGUCAAAAAGAGAUUCUGGGAUGUAAACAUCCAAGUACCACUGCAUUCUAA